AUGAUAGUUUUACAUGUUCCUUAUUUAAAAAGAAAAUUUUCACAUUAUCGGAAUCCUUGGAUAAUUAUUAUUAUUAUUAUUAUUAUUAUUAUUAUUAUUAUUAUUAUUAUUAUUAUUAUUAUUAUUAUUAUUAUUAUUAUUAUUAUUAUUAUUAUUAUUAUUAUUAUUAUUAUUAUUAUUAUUAUUACAAUAUUUUUCACAUAUAGAGGGGACAUUUUCCUGUAUCUUGUAAAUCUUGAAAGUUCUACACCCAGUAAAAGACAAGAAGAGAUAUCAUAUGUUUUCAAAAUAAGGUACAUUACGAAAUUCUGUGUAUCUACAUUUUUGAGUAUUAUAUUCUUAAUAUGUAGAAUAAGUAUAAUAUAUCAUCAGUGUGCAAUUCUCUGCAUUUGGGAAAUAGCAUGUUAUUUCUCUUUCUUUCCCCUUUUUCCUUUGCUACCUAAAAGGAGUUUCCAUUUCUUCAAAUAUUUUUAG